ACGCCCUACACCAGCCACCACCACAGAUGGAGCUGCUGUGUUCACCUCUGCUGAGUCAGCCGGGUUGAGUCCAGUACAGCAGGCAGGAACUAGGAAGUGCGACCAUCCCUUGUUCAACAGUGAAUACGGCAGCGAACAGGAGCAGACAUGUCAACAUCUGCUGCUCAGUCGGAGAUAAGGCUGGUGGUGCUCGGCCGGACGGGUGCAGGAAAGGGAUCAGCAGUCAGCGCCAUCCUCGGCCUGCAAGACUCUGAGCAGGGCACAGAUGCUGUAGUCAUCCAGGAGUGCAGCAAACACAGAGGAGAGGCUGCAGGUAGACAGGUGGUGGUCGUCUCCAGUGCAGUCUGGUUCGGCUCAGGCUGCGACCCAGAGGAAAGGAGGAGACACAUAUCCUCCUUCAUCUCCUUGUCCAGCCCUGGGCCUCACGCCUUCCUGCUGUGUGUCCCCGUGAACCAGCCAGCCGACGGAGAGGCCGAGGCGCUGGAUGUCCUGAAGAUGCUGUUGGGCCCCUCUGCAGUCAGAACCAACACCAUCAUACUCUUCACCCACACGGACGAGCUGGAGGAGGAGGAGCCACUGGAGGAAUACCUUGUCACGUGGCGCAAGGACCUCCAGGAGCUGGUGGAAGCAUGUGGCGACCGCUACCACACCUUGGAGAGCCGCAGGGGAGAGCCAGAGGAGGGGAAAGCUGUGGAGGAGCUGCUGGAGAAGGUUGAGCAGGCGGUGAGGGAGAGCGGGACGCAGCACUUCAGCUGUGCUCUGUACCAGGAGGCUGAGGAGAGAGUGAAGGGGAGGCAGGUGGAGAUGGUGAGACAGAGGAGAGGAGAAGUGUCUCCCGAGGACACAGAGGAAAAUGUCACAGAAGAAGAAAUGGCGGCAGUGCGAGAGGAGGCAGAGAGGAGCGUUGGUGACUUGAAUGUGGAUGUGGAAGGUAUGUUCCCCUCUGCCGGUGUCUCCCCAGCUCCCUCUUUCCUCUGGUGCUUGUGGGAGAAGCUGACAGGCUGGAUGAGCUGGCUGCCCCUGAGGAGGGAGGCCCUGCUGGGAGCGCUGGUUGGCCUAUUUGUGGGAGGGCCGUUUGGAGGUGUGAUGGGGGCCACUGUGGGAUCAGUGGCUACUGAGGUGGGCAGAAGAAAAACACAGAAAACUAAAUGAGAGGUAACCCCAUGUUUGAGUAUUAUGCUUUAAGUUGCACCUUAAAGUCGCUUCACUGUGUUCAGCCAACCAUUGUAUUACCAUGUUGUUGGUUUACUAGCUAGCGCAUGUCACAAUAGUAUUUAUGCUUGACCUCUGAGCACCACUACUCUACUAAUGCAUACCGUAUUAUCUAAUGGCUUUAAUUAUGGUUAAUACAUCAUGGUUUAUAUAUCAGUAAUAACCCAUUGAUAAGAACAAUGUUUGGGUUGCCAGGUUGCUGGUGUAUAUUUCCCUCUAGUUAACUCAUCCUUAGUUGUUCCUCCUGAUGGCACAGUCACUGACGCUAUAAAUGUAAAUGAUUAAUACAUUUGUUUUCAGUACUUCAUUGAUGGUACAGAUCUGGCUCUGUAAAUGGGAAACAAACAAAGUGGCUCCGGCCGAACAACACUAUUCCGGCCAAUCAGCAACAGAGACGCUCAUGCUAAGGCUAAGGCCAUGGAUGUAUAAAGAUACAGGCAGUGAGGGGGGGUAAAGCUGGAGGGGGAUUUGUUUGGAUGCUGAGUUCAAAUGUCAUUAAUCUUUCACCAGAAUCCCUGACUCUACCUUUAGGUCUGCACAUGGAAAUGUCUGCAAUAACAUAUUUGGUCACUUGGGGGCAGCAGAAACAUUUAAAUAUUAGCACUUUUUAAAGUUCAUUAUGACACAUUUGCAGUGGUGGAAAAAGUACACAGAUCUUUUCGAGGGCUCAGUGAUUUUAUCCAAUGUUCAUAUAAUAAUAAUAUUGAUUAGAGUAGUUUUAACUAAAGACUAAACAUCAAGUGUCAUACUGUAGGAGGAUAUACACCACCCACAUAGAUUCUUCACUUGGCAACACAAACAUAGUCCUGAUGAGUGGAUUGUCAGCGAUCCAUAAAGAAAACAAAUAUAUUUAUUAAUCAUUAAAAUGUUAUCAGUAACUUGUGAACCCCCUUUAGACUUUUUAGAGAGGGGCAAUACAGAUGGUUGAAAACAUUUCGUAAAGAGGCAAUACUAAGACUCCUCCACACGGUGGAGACAUGGACCUUUAUAUAUUGGAGACGCUGGAAAUGUUUGAGGUGAACUGAGAGAUAAUUAUUUACUGCCUACCAAGCAAAUAAAAGCUGCUUUUUCAAAUACA